CAAACAUCGUGCAAUGGACCGAAUUCCUCCAAGCGGCAGCAAUGCCGCCAAUGCUAGUUCCAUUCUGCUCGCGCCAGCCCCCCACGACGAGCCACCGCCGGGCCCCUCCGCGCCAGCCCCCUUGGACGUCGUCGUGGCAGCAUCAUCGGGCGACACGUCGAAUGAUGUGUUGCUUCGUGAGGUCGCCCCCAAGUCGCCCCUGAAUCUACGCUUUAGCUUCAACUUUGACGAGCGCAACGAACUGUCGGUAAGCCAUGCUAUCCAUUACGUUGUCCCCCCAUUAUGGAAACAUGACGACUGCAUGUCCAACGACACGACUUCCAAUGCGGCGGUUGAGGGCGAUGAUACGUCCGCCCACGCCCCCGAUCUUUCUCAUGCCGCCGCCACGCGACGCAAGCUAAAGGAAGGAAGGACAGACGGAUUCGGCAAAUCCGAUACAAGUCAACAUGUAGAACGCCAGGCGGCUUCAGCACCACUCCAGGGAGACGAAGGAGGUGAAAGUGUUGGUAUGGUGGGGGCGAGUACGUUCAUGUUGUCGUCGACGACUGCGCCAACGACCUUGCAAGAAGAAGGUAACAGCAGCAACUGCAGAGACGAGCAGCCCACCCCCCCCUUGCAUACCAGCCAACAUCGAAACAACUUGGGUGAAAAAACCACCUUGAAAUCACAACCCAACGAGUCAAUGGACGAUGCUCAUGACAGCAUGCAACGCUCAAUUAUAUUAGAGGCGAGCGAGAAUGGAAAGAACACGAACAAGGCAAGUGACGAAUGUACGAACGAAGACCGCAACCCCGCAACCAACAAGGGCGCUAAGCAGCACGUACAAGACGAACCCACCAUCAAGCUACCUGAGGCAAUCAGCCAGAAUGAACGGGAUUGGAUUGAGACUACCCAGCCGUCCUCGCCACUCCAGGACGUGGUUGCCCCCAAGAACAAAGACAAUACAGACGCACAACAGACAGCCCGAUUGCGUCGUCCAGUUGCGGCGACAAAGCCGCCUUUGGAAUACACAGUUGACAGCGUUUAUCCGAGCAAAUGGGAGGACGACACGGCAGCUCUAGUGGCCACUGCGCGACCUCGUGCGACGCCCCGUCCCGUCAAGCCAAGGUCCAAGAAACAACUAUCGCUAGGGGGGCCUGCUGCUGUCCAUGCACAUUCAGCCACGGUACCUCCAACACAAUCAUCCAUACACCAGUCGAAGCAACAACAGCUUGAGCAUCAACUCAAAGCACUGCGUGAGACCAGCAAUUCCGACUUGGCGAAACUCAAAGUGCAGUUGAACUGUAUUGCGUCCGAGCGGGAUGGAUUGCAAGCAAGAUGGGAACGAGCUGUGGCUGACAUGGCUGACAUGGAAAACCAAUUGCUGGCGUACCAUAUCAAAGUGGCGACCGCGGCCGCCGAGCGCGAAGAAUUCGCUCAACACUGCACAUCCCUCCAACAAACUGUCGUUGUCGCCCAAGCUGAAACCGACUCACAUCGCAAGAAAUUGCUCGCUGUUCAAAUGGACUUGCACCAGGCAAAGGCAAAGUGCAGUGUCGCAGAAGGCAAAGUGGAAACGCUGACGAAAGCCAAGGUCGACGCGAUGGGUAAACUUGACGCGGCCAAGCUGACGAUCGGUCGAUGGCAAGCCAGCGCCGAAAGUGCUAAGGAGAAACAGCACAAACUCGAAGUGGAAGUGGCAUCGCUUCGCAACAAACGCGCAGCCGACGCUAAAAAGCUAGCCCAAACUGUCGACCAACUCACUCACCACGCCGCUACGUCAAUGGAAAAAGCGGUGGCCCAGUGGACAGUAGACCACGCGACCAAGGUCAUGUCCAUGCAAGAUCAAAUCGACAAGGCCAAGCGGACGGCGGAGGAUACGACGGCGCUGCUGCAUCGACGGAACAAGGCUCUGGAAGCCAAGCUCAAGCAAGCCAAUGAUCGAGUGGCCAUUCUGGAGAGCAAACUGCGCCCACUGUCGCACCUGACAAAGCGAGCGAAAGCUCUGGAAGCUGUGCACAGUGACAACAAGCGUCUUCAACUAGAGUUGAUGGCGGUGCAUCGACAAGUUGCGGGUAAAAAGGCAAAGUCCAAACCAAGCCACGACUAUAUGGACGAGCAACCUUCGAUUGUGCUAUCCAACAAUCAGUUUCAGCAUCAGCACUCUCCACAAACAUCUGAAGGUGUCGACACGUUGCAGUGCGAACUAACGAGGCUUCAAGACAAACUGGCAGCGCAGUCAUAUCAAAUGGAACAGCUGCGAGCCCUCCACUCGCAGGAAUUGCUCGUCCAAGCCACGAUAUUUCAACAGCAAAUUGCAAGGGCAACGUGAGAUAUAUGAUCGAAUUUUGAUGUUAAAAGGAAAUGUACUCGACUGCGAUGCACAA